AUGUCGCGAAUAAACAUCAGCUCAGGCUCUGCCUUUGAAGCCGAGAUUGGCUAUUCCCGCGCCGUUGUCGUCGAUGGCUGGGUGAUGGUCUCUGGCACGACAGGGUAUGACUACCAGACCGGAAAGAUAUCCGCCAAAGUCGAGGAGCAGGCCGAGCAAACUCUCGUCAACAUUGCCAAGGCCCUUCAGGAGGCCGGAUCGUCCAUGUCUGAGGUUGUGCGUGUGCAAUACGUUCUUCCAGAUCGCGAGGAUUUCCCCAAGACAUGGCCAGUAUUGAAGAAGUGGUUCGGGGAUGUCCGUCCGGCGGCCAUGAUGAUCGAAUCAAAGUUGAUGAAGGAGGAAAUGAAGAUUGAGAUCGAAGUGACAGCCAAAAAGGGGUGUGCAAAA